AUGCCUCAGGUGGAGUUCAAAGAAUGGAUGCUCGAAAAUGCUUUGCAUCUAAAGAAGGAACUGUUUGCGAAGCUCUUGAUGAUUCUAUGGGCCUUGUGGAAAAAUAAAAACAAUUUGUUGUGGAACAGUACAAAGCAAUCAGCUGAUGCUUUGGUUCUCAGCUCGUUGGCGUGGUUGGAGGAUUUUACCAAGGCACAACAAGUAAAGAAGUCUUCCCACUCAAAACUGAGGAAAACCUGGAAACCGGCAGAGUCGGGAGUUUGGAAGUUAAAUGUGGAUGAGAGUUUCAUUCCUAACACAACUCUCGGUGGUGUGGGAGGUGUUUUAAGAGACGGUGCAGGUCAGUUUCAAGUUGCCUUUGCAAAGCCGAUACCAGAUGUGGCCUAUGACAGGCAAGUAGAGCUUCGAGCUGUAGAUGAAGGUUUAAACUUGGUGGGCCACCUUACAAUUGAGCACAGUAGUGAUCGAAACUGA